AUGAGGUUGGGGUUUUGCUCAUUCCUGACACUGCGACAGAAGCAUGGGCGCACCGCAAUCAGCGGUCUGCGUCACUCUGUCCGUUGGUGUGCCUCCACCACCACCAGCACCACCACAAUGCCAUCAGCAGCAGCAGCAACUGCAACCUCAUCGUCCGCCAAUUCGGAGAAUACUACGCAAGAAGAGGCGGCGUCGUUUCCGGUGUCUUCCUCGUUCUCCAUGCAGAAAUACCACAUCGCCCCGUCGGCGGCAACGAUGGGUGCGCCACGGCCGUUGCACGAUGACAAGGCGUGCCGUUCCCUUGCCAGGCUCGCCUCCUUUCCACGGACGCACAUCCGCAACUUCGCCGUCGUAGCUCACGUCGACCACGGCAAGACGACACUGACCGACGCCAUUCUGCGGCGCACGGGUGUGCUGAGCGGCCCUCUGGUGGGUACGUACACUGACCGCCUCCUCGUCGAGCGCGAGCGCGGUAUCACCGUCAAGGCACAGACGUGUUCCAUCUUUGUUAAGCACAACGGGGAGGAAUACCUACUGAACCUCAUUGACACCCCUGGUCAUGUCGACUUCCAGUACGAGGUUUCACGGAGCCUAGGCGCCUCUGAGGCAGUGCUUCUGCUUGUGGACGUUGCACAGGGUAUCGAAGCGCAGACAAUGGCGCACUUCCAUAUGGCACUGGAGCGCGACCUGUCGAUACUACCAGUGCUGACCAAAAUGGACACUGUGCUCAAUGACGUCCCGGUCGACCGUGCGUUGCAGGAGCUGGAAGACUCAACCGGCCUGCUGCGCCGUGAGGUGCUCUUUACGAGCGCCAAGGCGCAAUGCGGCGUAGAGGCGCUUCUCUGUGCUAUAAUCGAGCGUGUACCACCGCCGCCCGGUGCGGUGGGGCUAUCUGACGUGCGGCAGCUUCCGCCGUUCCCACCUGGCAGUGCGGAGAGGGUUGAAAUGGAGUCUACGUUGGUACCGCUGCGUGCGCUGCUGUUCGACUCGUGGACCUCCGAGUGCGGUGGUGGCCUGCGCCGUUCGUCGACGGGCGAUGGCGGAAGCAACAAUAAUAUCAGUAACAGCAAUGGCGACGAUGGUAGCGUCACAUGUCUCAUCCGUGUCAUGGAGGGUACGCUAACCGCCAAGACGCUAGUGUCCUUCUACCACCUGCAGAAGCGUUUCGAGGCGCGGGAAGUCGGCAUCAUACACCCCGAGCUUCGUCCCACCGCGGCGCUCACGACGGGUAUGGUUGGCUACGUUGUCUUUUCGCAGCUGCGACGCGAGGAUGUCAUGGUGGGUGAAACACUCUACACUCUACCGACGAAAAAGUUUACACGUGAUAGCAUUGUGCCAGUGGGUGGCUUUAAGCGUGUGCAGCCGGUUGUGUUUGCCGGCUUUUACCCAGAUGAAGGCGAUUACAUCACACAUCUACGCGAGGCGGUGGAGAAGUUACGGGUCAACGAUCCGGCUGUCACGAUCGAGCCUCUGGACUGCCCGGCGUUGGGGGCUGGGUUGCAACUCGGCUUCCUGGGUAUGUUACACAUGCAGGUAUUCCAAGAGCGGCUCCUGGCGGAGUUUGGGCAGCGGGUUCUCGUUACGCCACCAAUUGUACAGUACAAGUACCGCGAUGUGAGCGACGGCGAAGACGAGUUGCUGAAGCCGCUUACGGUUCACACGUGGCGGUGGUUGCAUGAAGGUGUGGCGUGCUAUAUGGAGCCGUACGUCACAGCCACCAUUCUUACCCCACGCGAGUACUUUCAGGCGAUUGAUAGCGAGGCGCUGAGGCAAUUUCGCGGGGAACAGCUGGACAUGCGGGUGCUCGAUGAUGCACGAGUAGUUGUACGCUAUAAGAUGCCGCUUUCGGACCUUGUUCGCGGCUUUUUCAGCGUUGUAAAAAGCCUUUCGCACGGCUACGCCUCAUUGGACUAUGAUGACGCGGUGUAUGAGGAGGCGGAUCUCGUUAAGGUCGAAGUGGUGGUGCAGAAGUCGCGUGUCUCUGCACUUUCCGUGAUAUGCCCGCGGAACGAGGCAUCCGCCGUGGGCAAACGCAUCGUCUCCAGUCUGAAGUCAAACCUCUCCCGCACCGCUGUUGACAUCCCGCUCCAGGCAAUGGUGGGGGCGAAGAUCGUGGCACGGGAGACAGUGAAGGCGUACCGCAAGGACGUCACAGCGAAAAUUCACGCCGGCGAUAUCACACGCAAGCAAAAGAAGUGGAAUGACCAGAAGAAGGGGAAGGAGCGCAUGGCACGACGAACAGUGGGCGCCGUCACACUUGACCAGUCCGUCCUAGCAGCGGCGAUGGGUGCCACAACGCUGUGA